CACACUGACACAAACACAUUUAAAUUGAUCGUGAAGGAGGGGGCUGUCUGUUUGCGGCUUGUUACAUUUGGGAACUGAUGUCUCGGACUAUAACGAACAGCAACUCCCCCACAUUUCAACUCUGACCUCCAGGAUUUGCAGAGAAACAGUGAGCGAGAGAGAGAGAGGGAGAAAGACAGACAGAAGCAGGGAGUUAGGCUAGAGGACUUCUUGUUCCAGUCAGGCAGUGGGGACUCUUCUAGUUGAGAGACAGUCUUGGUAAACUUAGGCAGAGCCAUUAACAAGUCAGCUCCUAGCAACCCGAGAAUCUAUGCUCUCUUUGCAUCAAUGUGAAGGCAAUGUGAAGUGACUGAAGAGAAAAGAAGAAAAAAAAUCAACUGUCUACAUAGAGAAGCCAGCUGCACACGCAGAAGUCCGACCAGUGCAAUAAGCAAAGCACUGAAGAUCGGGAGAAAGUACAAAGAGAAAAACAGGGAGAGAGCUAAGGAGCGAUAUCCAAGAGUCAAGCUGCAGCCAGCCGGAGUCAGUGGAAUGGACCUAGGUGCCAGUUGGAUUAAUCCCCGCGUACCCGCAGUGCUGUCUGAGGAGGAGGGCUGAGGAUCUGCUGCAACGACAACAAACUCCUGAAUGAGGAUGAAUGGAGAUGUUCUUUAGCUAAGCCUCAAGAAAACACUCUUGGCAAGUCCACCUCUGUGUGAGCUGGGACAGCACAAGCUAACAGCUGGAGGAGGAGGAGGAGGUGGUGGUGGUGGUGGCGGAGGAGAGGAGCCAGGGAGCCCAGAGCACUGGUGGUGCUGCUGCCCCAGAGGAGAGACACGGGAGCGGGCAGGACACUGAGGAAGAACAGGGUCCGGAGGACGGACCCGAGGGAGGGGGCGAGGUGGCGGGUGGCGGGCGUCGCAUGGCCGUGCAGAGGCUGGUGGCAGCAGCGGUUGCAGUAGCCCUGCUGUCCCUCGUCUUAAACAAUGUUGCAGCCUUCACCCCCAGCUGGGUCCUGCAAGCCCUGGAGGACGGACGCAAGCGGAGUGUGGGACUAUGGAGGAUGUGCCCCACUGGUGGGGAAAGGGGCCGUGAUGACCUCCAGGCUGGGAGAAGGGGGCAAGGGACACAGAGGCAGUGUGAAGGUCUUGGAUGGGGGUCUGAGUAUGCAGGCUAUCAAGAGUCCCGCAGCACUGUCAAAUUGCAGUUUGACAUGAUGCGAGCAUGUAACCUGAUGGCGACAGUGGCCCUGACUGUUGGUCAGCUGAUCUUCCUUCUAGGCCUGAUGGAGCUGCCUUUCAUCACACAGGAAUCACAGUGGUGGGAGGAAGCCAUUGCUGCACUCUUCCAGCUAGCCAGUUUUGUGCUGGUGAUUGGACUUGUGACCUUCUACAGGAUCGGGCCCUACACACACCUUUCCUACUCCUGCUACUUGGACAUAACUGCUUGCCUGCUGGCCACUCUGGCUGCAGCCAUGCUUAUCUGGAACAUUUUACACCGCCGUGAUGACUGCCUUGCACCUCGAGUUAUAAUCAUCAGUCGCUCACUGGCAACACCUUUCCACCCUCGUCUAGACAAUGACUACGUGGAGUCACCUUGUUGAGCCAUGUGACCUCAAGAGCCAAGCCAAUGAGGAGUGAAAGACUGCACUGACAGGACUGUGCACUCAACUAUUCAUGUUUUACUCCAGCUGGUGCCUCCAAUGUGACUCUCAAGAGAAGAGGACAUUCCCGUGGCUCCACAAUGGCUGGCCUAACAUGUACCUGCUAUUGUACUCCAUAUUUCACAACUCCUCCCACCAUAAACAAAGAUAUCAGAACAAUUUUGCUGCUUGGUGCACAAAAGUCACACAUUUAAGAUUUAAAAUUACUGUAUAAAGCAGCCCUAAACAUAUUCAAAUACUGUAUGAUGUUUCAUUUAUUCAUGCUUGGGUAUGCUAAUUGGUAGCUAAACAUGGAAUUUGGACUAGGAAUGUCUCAUAUGAAACAGCCUUCUUAUGAAAAGAUCAAGCUGGAACUUGACCUAUUUUGUUAUAUGUGCACUUAUUAAAUGGCCUCCUGCAUAAUUAUAAAUUGGAAAUGAAUGAAAGAUGUUGAAAAUAUAAUACCAGAAUACCUCAUAUUUGUUUUCAUCAUUUUAAGGCUUAUUACAAUUUUAAUACAUAUUAAUGUAAAUGAUAUAUGUUGCAAGUAAGUAGGUAAACUAACAAGGCAAAAGCAGAAGAGUCAAUCAACCUCAGCAAACCGUUUGAUCGGGCUUAUCCUAAUCAGUGGCAAUAUUUAAUUUUAAAACAGCCAAUGAGAGGUGGUAUUUGGAUCAAAUUAACAUGUAUCUGCUCAAAGACAUCAGGGAAAAUUCUCAUGAUGACAUAAAUAUUUCUCCUCUUGAAAAAAAGGAAAAUAAAAGACAGGUGACUUGCCAAUUGAUGUAUGCGAAUUGAUUUGGAAUUUUUAAGCAGUAUUUGUUAAAUUGAUGGUAACACAUGUUUUGGCGAUGUACUGCAUUUUGAAAUGACAAACACAUUUCAAUACUUACAUUCAUUUUUCGUGAUGCUUUCCAUAUGAAACUCUGCUCGCUUGUGGUACAUACUGUAUACCUAAAUUAAUAUAAUACAGUUGUGUAAAGGAUAGUGGUAUCAUUAGUAGUAUUAUUGUGACCAUAUCAUACUUCUGCAAAGAACUGUGGGUCUUUCAUGUUGCCAAACAUAGGGGCACAUUAAAAUAAUAAUAUAUCAUAUAAAUUCAAUAAAUUUAUUGGUAAAUAUUCAAACACAAUGGUUGCUGCUGUUGCUGAUUUGGUGUCAACACUACACCUGAAAAUGGAAAAUACAGAACUUCAUUAAAUAUAUUUUUCAAAUAUGUUAUCACAGACAUGCGUUCCCAAUGAAUCUCCAUGCUUAACCCUCAAGAUCUGUAAGGAGUCCAUAUGGACUGCCAUUUGAUAGUAUUAGUUAUCAGUUUAGAGGUGCAGCAUACAGUACAAAGCAAGUGAGAGAAUAAGAAAAAGUGCUACACAUACUGUAUAUUGCUUUAGGUGAUCUGUGCUACAACUAUUGAACCCCAAAGAUACAAAGGACUAUGUUCAGUGUGACAUAUUUCAAAACUGAUCUAGAUUAAGUAUCAGUGAGAGCACUAGAUGAAUAAUUUUGAAUUCCAACCCUCCAUCAUUAUAAGUAAACUGACCCAAAUGUGCUGAGUGAAUGAUGAUACAAAUACUACCACUGUCUAUAUUUUGAUGAUGAUGGUAUGAAAUGAUGGUACUAGUUUCUUUGAAGAAUGACUUUUUAACAAUGGAGAAGAACUGUAAUGGUGAAUUCCAUACUUUCCAAUGAUAAAUGACAUAAACUGAGAGCAUGACAGUUACAUGAAUCACAGCCAAUUAUAAUGACUGCAACAUCAUACAUGAGUCUCUGCUUCACCCCGAACACUUCCUCGGGUGUUUCUGUUCCUGAUGAGAAGGGGGAGUUUUGCUUUUAAAUACCAAAUGCAGUGGCAAAAAGACAUUAAGAGAGGGCUUACAUUCAUAUGGGCAGAUAACUAUGCAGCAUGUCACCUAAAGUCAAGGACAACAUGAAUGAGAGGAAGCAGCACAGUCUGGACUGAACAAAGAUGUUCCAGUCUGUAUCUGACUUGCUGCUUUAGGAGGCAGAGGCGUUUUCACACUGAGAAAUACUGUUUUGGAUAAAGUGAUUUAAUACUACUUUAUUCAGAACAUCCAGGGACGAGGCGAAUAAAGCCCAACAGAAAUUGAGCUCUUAAGCCUUUUCUGAUACAGACUUCCCAACACUCCCAGCUUUCAUCAACAGAGUGAGGUAGUGGAUUUUGUUGUUCACACAUACACAAAUUACUUACAUGUCUGUGAUUUGGGUUUAACUGACUCUUUAAGAUACAUGUGUGAAACGGGUGUAUUGUCUCUAGUGUCUCCAACAGAUACUUUUAUUAUAUGACCUUAAAUACGUG